AACUCCUUGUCUUGCCAGCCUGUCAGCAGCUAACCAGACAGUGCACUUAGCUAUUAAUAGCCAGUGCUCUUUGUUUUGGGCCUUGUGCCCAGACGUCCGAGUCCCAGUAAUUGGCUGAUUUCCAGUUCUAGGACUGAUACCUCCAUAAUGAUGGUGAUUUAAUUAGAGAACACACAUAGGCUGCUCACACAUUGCCAUUAUAGCUCUGAACAACAUUGCUGACACAAUUUAGCUACUUCCUCCUCGAUAAGCAACAAGAAGGAGAGAACAGUGGUAACAUCUAAGGGUUGAUAUUGGACGAGGUUAACUACACUGAAAAACGUUGACUUGAAACUACUACUAUUUUUUAUUUUAACUUCAUAUGAUUGCGUUCAACUAACCUACUUGUAAAAUAGAUAUGGAACAUUUGUUGACAUAAUACAUUGAAUUAAAGUCAACGUUUCAGUGUAAGGCAAGGAAACCUGAAUUAAUGUCUCCUGCCUGCUCAAAUGUUUAGUUUGGAUUGGAUUUUAGAGCAAUUUGUAUUUGUAUUCGGUGAGGGGUUCUUUAGCAAGGCACAGCUCAGGUUUUGACAUUAGGUUUGUUGGACAACGCAUCACUAAGGUGACACUAGUGAGUAGGUCCAUGUGUGAGGAUAAAAAGACUGGUUAAAGCCAAAGCAAAUGCCUAUUGUUGUCACAAGGUUACUUCUGAAAAGUGUUCUCUUGUCUGAAGACCCAUGCCAGCAGUAAGUCUUUGGUAUUUACUUGUCCAUCCUCAUGGUGUAGCCCUGGAAUCCAACCUAGCAUUUGACCUGACAGUAGUCUCACUCUCUCCUGUGUUGCCCGAUAUAAAAUGAUCAGCGUUGGGAUUUGCGGGUUAAGGACGCUUAGAGCAGGGGUUUUAAUCUCAUGACGUCACAUUCAUUAGCGGACACUUUGAUCCUUUCAGCCUCUUAGCCACACUCAGUCCUAUUCUGUCUGUCGGUGGACACGGGAUGUGUUAGUGACUCCCUCGGGGACCGUGGAGGACAAUGCUGCUGAUCCACCCAACCCUGUAGGCCAACGAAAAGCUUCCCCUGUCCAUUUUUCCGUAUCCCUGCAGGUGAUGCUUUUGUGAAAAUAGGAAGGGAAUACAACACUACUCAAUUUCAAAAUGGCAGACAAAGAUAGCGUGGAGAAAUACCUGGAGAACAACCCACAGUUCGCCAAAGAAUACUUUGACAAGAAGGUACGGGCUGAAGCUCUGACCGCCGCCUUUUCUGCACCUGUUGAUGUCAAAGACACCGCUUCCUUCAAGGAUAUUAACUCUGUGCAAGAAGCCGCCAUCAUCUAUGAGUUGGUCCAGCAAAUGCAGACUCAGCUGCCCAUGGAGGAGUCCAUUCACAAAGUGUUACAAAGAAUUGCACUGAUCAUACAGGCCGACAGGAUCGGUUUUUAUAUUUGCCGGUCGAGAAACGGAAUACCUGAGCUCGCCAGUUGCCUCUUUGACGUGACCCCAACCUCUAAAUAUGACGCAAACUUGGUCCAUCCACAGGCUGAAAUUGUUUUCCCUCUCGAUAUGGGUAUCGUCGGUUUCACUGCACUCAGCAAAAAGCCACAAAAUGUUCCUGACAUCACAAAGAACCCCAAAUUCUCUGACUUUGUGGACAAACAGACCGGAUACAAGACUAAAUGCACGCUUACUUUUCCUCUGAUGGCUGAAAAAGAGUGCCUUGGAGUUGUCAUGGCACUUAACAAAAUAGGAGCGGACACAUUCUCUCCAGAGGAUGAGAAGCUCUUCCACAAGUACAUGAACUUUGCCCAAGUCAUCGCCCUGCAGCAUCACACAAACUACAUGUUCAAUGUGGAGUCCAGAAGGAGUCAGGUGCUGCUCUGGUCGGCCAGUAAAGUCUUUGAGGAGUUGACAGACAUUGAGAGACAGUUCCACAAAGCGCUUUACACUGUAAGGAUCUAUCUGGGAUGUGAAAGAUACUCAGUGGGCCUGUUGGACAUGACCAAAGAGAAGGAAUUCUAUGAUGAAUGGCCUGUGAAACUGGGGGAUGUGGAACCCUAUAAAGGACCAAAGACGCCAGACGGCAGGGAAAUCAUCUUUUACAAGAUUAUUGACUACCUCCUGGAAGGCGUCAAAGAAGAAAUCAAAGUCAUACCUGGCCCGCCUAUAGAUCACUGGGCUCUUGUUAGCGGCCUGCCAACCUACGUUGCAGAGAAUGGCUUUAUUUGCAACAUGAUGAACGUGGCUGCAGAUGAUUUCUUCACUUUCCAGAAAGAGGCUGUGGAUGAAUCAGGUUUUAUUAUCAAAAACUGUCUGUCGCUGCCCAUUGUCAACAAGAAGGAAGAAAUUGUGGGCAUCGCCACUUUCUUCAACAGGAAAGACGGCAAGCCAUUUGAUGAACACGAUGAGCAGAUCACUGAGGCCCUGACUCAGUUCUUGGGUUGGUCCGUGCUGGUUUGCGACACCUAUGACAGGCUGAACCGUAUGGAGUGGAGGAAGGAAAUCGCCCAGGAGAUGCUGUUGUACCAGACCAAAUGCACCUCAGCUGAGAUGCAGUCCAUCCUGAACACCAAUGAGAAGUUUGACGCAGAGCCCGAAGACCUCGACCAGAAAGAGAUGUACAAACUGUUGAGAGCAAACUGCCCGCCAGCUGACAAUGUCACCGGAGAGAACCUGUACCUGUUCUCCUUCAGUGACCUCCCCGUCUCCGAGAUCGACCUCAUCAGAGCCGGCAUUCGCAUGUUCUUUGAGCUCGGAGUUGUGGAAAAGUUUAAAGUUCCUGCAGAGACACUGACUAAAUGGAUGUACACGGUGAGGAAGGGUUACCGUUCCAUCACCUACCACAACUGGAGGCACGGCUUCAACGUGGGCCACACCAUGUUCUGCCUGCUGCAGACAGGGAAGCUGAGGAAGUACUACUCUGAUCUAGAUGCCUUCGCCAUGGUGGCUGCUGCUUUCUGCCACGAUAUCGACCACAGAGGGACCAACAACCUCUACCAGACAAAGAGUCAACAUCCUCUGGCUAAACUUCAUGGCUCCUCCAUCAUGGAGAGGCACCAUUUGGAGUACAGCAAGACGCUCAUGGCUGAUGAAACCCUGAACAUCUUCUGCAACCUCCAGAAGCGUCAGUUUGAGAACGUGCAGCACUUGUUUGACGUCUGCAUCAUCGCCACUGAUCUGGCCCUUUACUUCAAAAAGAGAACCAUGUUCCAAAACAUUGUGAAUGCCACAGAGCCAAUGCCAGACGAAAAGGAGGCCAUUAACUAUAUUUCCAACAAUCCCACCAGGAAGGAAAUCAUAAUGGCCAUGAUGAUGACAGGCUGUGACUUGUCAGCUAUCUGCAAACCCUGGGAGGUACAGAGCAAGGUGGCCCUGAUGGUCGCUGCUGAAUUCUGGGAACAGGGAGAUUUGGAGAGAAGUGUUUUGGACCAACAGCCAAUUCCCAUGAUGGACAGAAACUGUUCUGAACAGCUAGGCAAGAUGCAGUGCGGUUUCAUCGACUUUGUGUGCUCCUUUGUGUACAAGGAGUUCUCCAGGUUCCACAAAGAGAUCACGCCCAUGUUUGACGGUCUGAAAAACAACAGGUGCGAAUGGAACAAGCAUGCCGAGAUAUACAACGCGAAGAUGAAGGCCAUCGAGGAUGAGAAGAAGAAACUGGAAGAUGAUGAGAACAAAAAAGCUGGUGGCGACGGGAAGUCAAAGACCUGCACCAUCUGCUAAAUUCCUCCAGUGCUUGGAUCUGGACUCAUGCGAUCUGUUUAGAAUUAAUCUAGGCUACGCUAGCCUAUUCUGAUCCGACAGCUAGUGUAGUUGGGGCUUGGCUUGGCCAGUUUGGUCUGGUCUGAUCUACUGCAGCGUAGUUCUCUCAGGUUAGGUGCUCUCCGCUCUGCUGCAGGCCAGUUCAGCCCUGUUUGCAUCUGGUCUGGUUCAGUCUAGCCUAUAUUUAGUCUAGUGUAUUCAGGUCUGGUCUGUGGUCCAGUCUGCAGUCAGCCUAUCUAUUCUCCGAGGAGCAACACCAUGAAGUAACGUUUUGGACUCUGACCGCAAGAGAAGCUUGUUUUACCCGGAAGUUGCGAUGCGUUUGAAACUUCCUCCUUAGUCCGCUUCCUCCAACACACAGCCAUGAACUUUUGAAAAAGAUAUACAUGGACAACAUAUAUUUCCCUUUAUCAUAGCAAUAAUCAAAGCAUUUCCGAUGUAAUUGGAAAACCUGGUUUGAUAAGCUCAGAAACUAGCAAUAGCUAAAGCAAUAGUAUUUACAGUGUUCCUAUUGGCGGUCAGUUACCACACAGUAUAGUAGUACUGUAGGUUGCACACUGCACUUAGCUGCUGCUGUUUUGGCAGCGGCAGGCCAUGAGUGUGUGGAGAAAUUGGGCUAAAAAUCUGUUUUGGGUUACCAGUUAGAGUAGCCUGAGUCCUGAAGGAUCUGUUAAUGGUGUAAAACAGUCCUUUGUAGCUUUGAUACAGCGAGUGAAAACAUGCAAUCAUAAAGGGCUGAUGUUCUUUUACCUCAAAAGGCGCUGAAGAGUUGUGAGGCUACAUUUAUGUUAAUAUGCAAUCUAUUUAUCUAUAUAUACAUAUAUUUUUUUUGGAUUCUUUGUCUGACAAUUUUGUACUUAAACUGUCUUCACGGAGAGAAGAGGAUGAGACAAGCUUUGAGAUAGGGCGUUCUGAAUCUGUGAACAACUGCUCGCUGAAAACACAAUCGACAAUGUUUUGAAUUUGUGUAACUUUAUCGUAAACACCCGUAAGCUGUUAUGCCCAAUGACUUGGUAAAAUAACUUUAAAAAAAAGCUAAUGUGAAUACUAUUUAUACCAGUGUUUAGAACUAAAUUACAAUUCCUUAUCGAUUCAAAAACGUCUUUUAAACUUGAUUUCACAUGUAUAUAGUUUAGAAAUUGUAAAAUGUAAAUUGUGUAAACUUAAGAAUAACUGAAGUGAAAACCUGAUUUGAAAGAUGUACAGUAAAGGCGACCUUUUCUUCUUCUUCUAAGGAGGUAAUAGUCGCAGUCAGUCAAACAGGGUAGAGUGGAUCUACCUGUCUUGUAAGAAGAUUGGAUAGGAUUUGAUUUGAUUGUCGGCCAGCGUUUGAGAUCCACACAGCUUUAGACUUUAAAUACCCUUCUUACUGAGGAGGCAUAGCAGGCUACCAAAGCCUUGUAUGUAUCUGAAGAAAACUUGAGUUUAAAACGUGACAGAUGAAGCUAUAGCAUCAUUGAUUGUAACGUGGUACAGGCCAAAGUCCUCUGAUAAUUUCUUCACUGAUGCAACAGUGUGACAAAUCACACAACAACCACUAGGUCAGUGUUAAUCUUCAUUUAUACCUGCAUUUGACCCUGAUCUGGUUAGGCAUCUGAGUCGACAGUGCACCUCCUGACACACUUUUAGCAAUGGCUAAAGGCAAGCCGUGGCUCUCAACUUGCUGUUACACAAUGUCAUCUUCUGUAAUGAACAGGUCAUCAAUCAAAGGCACUUAAUCCUAUCAGAAUGGCUUUGAGACUGGCCGGAAACUAUUUUUGAGGGGUAGUGAGGAGCUUGCGCGGUCACUGGAGCCAGAACUGUGGAAUGAACAUUUACAGAAAGUUAUACGUUAAACAUUAUAACCAUUAUUUUACCUCAUUGUUCCUGCUGCACACGUUUUCUAUCAAUGGUUACACCACAGGUUCUGUCUCCAGUGAGAACAAAUGGCACCUCGCUUUUCCUUCAAGGAUCUUUUGUGAGAUAUCACACGGUAUACUUAUCCCAUCAACUGUCUUUCAGACCUUAGAAAUCUUAUAAUUUGACAUAUGAGAUGACCUCUACUGUAUGUAUGUGUCAAGAGA